CGCCCUCAUGAACACAUAAUGGGCCAAUUUGGAAACCCUUAAUCACGAACACGAACUCAGAACACGAUAGACCAACAGUUCUUUCCCCACUCGGAAAGCAACAGGAAACCUCGGAAUCUCGAGCUAGACUGACUGCACAUUUCCCACACAACCCAACGCAGGCACCCGGCACCGCACAAUCCCGCCAAAACCCCACCAAAUAUUAUCCAUCCACUUUAAUGCUUGUCAUUUGGUUGAACAGCAUUUGACCGUGGAAGGCACCCCAGGAAGAAAAAAUAAAAAAGAAAAAAGAGGAGAGAGAGAGAAAAGAAAAAUGCACAAAACCCCCUCUGCCUAGGGUUUUCUUCUCACAGUCACAGAAAAGAAAAAAAUUAUGGUGGUUUUAGACUCAAAUCCCGAACCCCAACCCCAACAAAACCCUCGACAGCAGGACCAGACUAUCCUCUUCAACAAGGGUGAGGAAGUUGAAGUAAGCAGUGACGAGGAAGGUUUCAGGGGUGCUUGGUAUUUAGCUACCAUUUUAGAAUUCCCGAAACCACAAUCACAAGCAGCAGUGAAAUCAGCUUCGAAGAAGAAAAGGAAAGCGAUUGUUCAGUACAAGACUCUGGUUACUGAAGAUGGGUCUGCUCCUCUGGUAGAACAAGUCGAUCCUCAUCUCAUUAGGCCUUUGCCCCCGCAAUAUUUACUGAAAAAUGGUGGGCUUUUUCAAGAAAACGAAGCCAUUGAUGCAAGCCUUAGAGAUGGCUGGUGGUCUGGUGUUGUAAAGAAGGUUCUUGAUGGGGGGUCAAGAUACAUGGUUUAUUUUGAUAACCCUCCUGAUGUUGUUGAAUUUGAGGCCAAAGAUUUAAGGCUUCAUUUGGACUGGCUUGAUGGCAACUGGGUCCGACCCCAAAUGCAGCGGCAAGCAACAGGAUCGGUUUUUAGCUCAGGGACAGAAGUAGAAGUGAACCUUGAAAAAGAUAAUGUACGUGAUAUUUGGUUGCCUGCAGUUGUCAUCAAAGAAAACGAGGAUAAAACGUUCUUGGUAAAGUGUCUAAGUGCGCGGAAUAGUGAUGAGGCUGGACCGAUGAAAACAAUUGUGGAUUUUCUUCACAUUCGACCCACUCCUCCUCUUUAUGCAGACAGAAAUUACGAGUUGCUGGAAAGGGUAGAUACACGCUAUGGCUUUGGUUGGAGAUCUGGAGUAAUUACGAAACUUCUUGCUGGGAGGAGAUACAAUGUCUUUUUUAAGCACGGAAAUGAGGACAAGGAGCUUAGUCACUCAAAGAUAAGGCCUCAUCUGGAAUGGGUUGAUGGAAAAUGGAUUAGUAAAUCAAAGGAAGUUAGAAUUGUUUCUGAUAGUCAAGGACAGUUUGUUGGCACCGACAAUAGUGACAACCCUGAUGUGGCAGUACAACUCAAAAGCUCAAGUGCAGCUGAGGAUAAGACCAAAGAGAAAACAGUUUCCACAAGCAUAAGGAAUCCCACGGAGCAGUCAAUGCAUUCGGGUGAAAAAUCAGUGAAGAAGCUAAAGCUGACACUUUAUAAUGGUGGCGGCGCAUGUUCAAGCGCUUCCAGUAUGCUAACUGAAGUAGAUACUACUGAAGCUCCAUUAUCAGUUACAGUUCUGCAGUCUAGGAAGAUACCAAUUGAAAUGUCAAGCAACGAAAAACUUUGUGGUUUUACCACUUCUAAAACAGGAGGUAAAAGAGCAAGAUGCAUAGAAAAACAUAUGGUUGAUGCUCAGCCUUCUAACAAAACUGAGAACUUUUCUGCAGGAAAGACAACUAAGACUAAGCAACAUAAAGUGCUUGAAUUGGACUGCCCGAAAGUGGACAUUGUAACUAGGAAAGGGAGAGCCACCAAAUCACCUUUUAGAAGUCCAAACUCUUCGGCAGCAGUGAAGGACGGUGAUGCAGUGGAAGUUACUGUUCAAGGCAUCAGUGAGAGUGAUGUUAAAACAAAAGAAAUUGAAGUCCCUCUCAUCAUAGGGUUAAAAGCUAUAGAGGGCAUUUAUCAGGAUGACAAGGAAAUGCUGAAGCUUAUGAGGGAUCAGAAGAAGGGUUUGAAUGAUUCAGCCAAAGAUAAGAACAUGGAAUAUGUGGGAAGCAGUCAAAGAAGAAAGAGGGGAAGACCACGCAAAUUAAUCAUAAACUCAAAAGCUCUGGUGGCUAGUAAGGACUUUGGCUCUGUGGACCUUGCUGAUGAAGUUGUACAAGUGGUUAUUAAAGAUCUUACAACUAAUGAAGUUGAGUGGCCUACACAGGCAAGGGCGGAGCCUAAAGUUUCACAAAAUUCUUCAAGAGAGAAAAGCAGUGAAAUUUCCAAGACAGAUUUCAUGUCAAGGGAAGCUGAUGCUGAUGCUGCUGCUGCAUCGAAGAAUGUUGCAGAUGAUGAUCAACCUUUAUCAACCUGGUUUGGGAAUAUGCACGGUUCAGCAGGUCUUGAAGAAUUAAGAUUAUCUACUGGUCGGAUUGCAAGUGGAGUGAGUGAGACUAGAGAAAAAAAAGUUGUAGCAGUGCAAUCGUGUACGGUUGAUCCAAAAAGCAAUGAUACUCUGGUGGAAAAUCAGUUGGUGCCUUUUGUAAAGAAGUCUCCGGUUUGGAACACAAUUGAAUCUAUGGAAGUAUUCCAAAUCAUUCCGCAAAAACCACACUUUCAUCCUUUGACUGAAUGUAAAGAAGAGUAUCGUGAAGGAUCAGCCAUUGGCAUUAUGGUAACAUUCGCCAGUUUGUUUGAGAAGAUAUCCUCUCUUCAAUUUGAUGAUUGUAGAAGCAUAUUAGAGAGUACAUUGGAAAGUCUUGUUGACUUGGAGAAGCAUGGAUUUGACAUCACUGUGCCACGCUGUAGGUUGAAUGAAUUGCUUUCAAUUAAAGAUGGGCAAGGGGAGGUAAUAAAUGAGUCCAAAGAUGCUGAAGGGAAAAUACGAGUGCAUACUGAUGAGAAAAAAAAGCUGGAAGAGAAGAUGAGCGAUAUUGAGAAGAAGAUAACUGAGCUACAGGAAGAACUUGCUUUAACCAAGGCAAAGAUGGAGGUUAAGGGCCUUGAUAUUUCCAAGAUGCAAUCCCAUGCUGAUGCCAUAAAUGAACGGAUAAAAAAUGCCCGGGAUCAUUUUGUAAAAGUAGCUUCCGCCCCUUGGAAAUCUCCCUGAUGCACUUCAACCCCAACCAAUUUUCUUGCUUGCUGCCCUGGAUUUGUGGGAGCAUAGUGAAAAGUUGUUGCGCGUUAGUGCUUCAACGUAGUGGUCAUGAAAAUGUAGUUAACUAGUUCAGCUGUGUAUUUAUCAUCUAUAUCUGAUCCUAGAGAUGUUGAAUCUUUUUGGUGCUAAGUGCAUGGAAAUGGAGUUCGUCUUGAAACUCGAAA